CUCCGAUCAUGAACAGUUUUCUUGUAAUUUUUACCCUAGCUUGGGCGAUCAUCUACCUAAUGGCUUCAUCUGAAGCUGGGCCCAAAGAUUGGACACCGGGAGAGCGAAGGGUUUACGACCAGUUGAGGCAAAUGGAGUGCGGAGUCUUAUCGAAUCAAAUACCUCUCCAAAAACUACGUCGAAGGAUCACCGGCGGCAGAAGAUCUUCGUUAUUCUCCCAACCUUGGAUGGCAUUUAUUUAUAUACCAAGUAACUUAAAGAUGUGUCGAUGUGGAGGCACCCUUAUCUCCGAACGUUUCAUCUUAACUGCUGCACACUGCUUUAAAAUGUGUCCACGAUCUAGCGACAGAUUAAAAGUGCGACUGGGAGAACUUGACUUAGAUACCUCACCUGAUUGCACCACCUAUGAUUAUCAAAGGGUUUGUGCCCCACCCGCUGAGGAAUUGGGGAUAGAAAGUUGGUCUAUUCACGAGGAAUUUGACCCAGUCUACCCUUGGUUUGAUAUUGCCCUGUUGAGACUAAAUCGGAAAGUCGUCUUUAAAGUGCACAUCCGACCCAUUUGCCUUCCCCUAACUGACGAACUGCUAGCAUUUACCUCGGUUAUUGGAAAUUCCUAUAUGGCGGUUGGUUGGGGAAGAAUUGAUAGUAGCCGCUUUGCCAAUAGUACGAUGGAGGUCUAUAUAAAUACUGAGACAUGCACUAAUGGCUUGGACAGCUCGUUUCUCUGCGCCAAUGGAGAUUAUGUGGACACCUGUGUGGGUGACUCGGGAGGACCUCUCACCUGGCAAACCUUUUAUUUCGGCAUUGCUCGUACGGUACAGUUUGGGGUGGUGAGCACUGGAAGCAGGAACUGUGGAGCGGGCGAGAAGGCCUACUACAUGGAUGUACCCACCUACAUGCCGUGGAUUAUGGACAAGCUGUCAAGGUUUCCAAACUUAUAAAAAAAAUCUGUUAAA